AUGUUGCAUCUAACGUCGGAGCCGCAGAAGAAAGGGCCGGCGGUGCCCGAGUGCAGCCGCUUCCUCCUUGGUGUGGCGCUGCUCCUCACCAUCAUCUCCGACGGCGCUAUGAACAGCCAGUUCACGGCGCUCAGCACUAUCAUAACAGCCAACAGCGACCCAAGCGCCUUGCAGCAGCUGGCCACCUUUGCCGCGAUGGAAGACGUUGCGGAAGAGGAACACCUCGAUUGGGGUUCCACCGCGCGACUUGUGCAAACGCAGCCGACGUCGCUGACGAAGCCGCGCAACGUGGUGCCGCCGGAUCCGACGACGCUAGGCAGCGUCUCUGCUCAUGCACACAGCCGGACAGACUCGGAGAAUGUGCUCAGCGACGGCCUCUCUAAGUCGCUCACUGACAUCUCCACGAACGGGGUGGUCGGCACCUCGUCUGCUGCGUCGUCGUCUUCCUCUCGCCGCCGACCCCAUCGCCGCCACCACCGCCGCAGCGGCGCCGUGUCUGACGUGUCGUCCAGCGAUGAUGCUACUGCGGCGCUGAGCGCGUCCCGCCCAGUCCACAGCUACCACAUGUGGACGCAGUUUCACGUGAUGGAGAUGGCGUACAGCACCGGCACGAACAACUUUGUCCACAUCACAGAGCGCUUCCUGGAGUACCAGCAGAUGUUUCCUAUCAUCUACUGCUGUGACGUAAGUAAGGUCGACUGCCCGUACGAGGCAGAGCUGUUGGCCUCCCCUAAGGCUGGUCUCGCAGCCUCUAGCCGGUGGAGUUGCGAGAACUGCGGUAAAAGGCACAACGUCGUCCGCGAGAGCUGCCUACGCUGCCGAGCCCCGGGAAUGUAUGCGAAGCUGUUCAUCGGCCAAGCAGUAAAGGAGGUUGGCUGCACUGAGAGUCUCGUGCGCUUCUUGUAUGCCACACACCCUCAUAUUGUGAUCCACCGCGCGGAGUGCCACCACGACACUGAUGCCGACGCCUUGCAGCGCGGCAAGGGGUGUGCCUCCAUCUACGUCCGCCGCGAGGACGCCGCGCUGCUCAAGCAGAAGCUGCAUCGCAACGCGUUCUUCGAUGUGGACAGCGUGACAGAACAGCUGCUGGUCUACUAUGUAUACGCUGAGCAGCAGCAGUGGCUGCACAGCUAUGCGCAGCAGCGCAAUGCCGGCAUGGGGAAGCGCCCUCUGUUUUUGCCUCUGUCUCCGUUGGUAGUGGAGGAGAGCGCGUCGUCUUCGGUACCGGCGAGGCGUGUCACCCGCCGCGGGCAGGGCCGUCAGCGUCAGAGUAUACCUGGCUCCACGGCUCUCCCAUCCGACUGA